CUUUCUUUGAUACGCAAUUAGAUGCCAAUUAACUUGAUAAAUCCCACUGAAGUGGAUGGGGAAGAGAGAAAGAGAAGGAUUGUUUUGGUCCUAGUUUAUCCCUUGUGCAGACUUCACUUCUUUUCCUUGAUAGGUGUCCCUUAAAUUCCUAACCUCGACUUAAUGUUAUCUUGUAAUGGUAUUUAUUGGGAACUAACCCUGGUAGCGCUUUGGUAUUCAGGUACAGAUGCUGAACUCUUUUGGGGAGCUUUGGAUCAGUGAAGCAGAGACUCACCUGUCUAACUGAUGUGCCUAGGAGGUGCAGUGGGGUUUAAACACCCCUUGGAACAGCAAUGUUGGAUCAGUGGCACUUGGAGAAAGACCCAGGAUCCUGUUCCAUUCCACCCCUGGUGCUCACUGCUUUCAGCUGUGCAUCCCACUGGGAACCCCAAAGAGCUCGGAGGAAACUGAGGUCCUGCCAGUACUUUUGCCCAGGCAGCUGUUAUCUCUACUCGAUUCCCACUUUGAUGUGGGUUCACACUUGCAAACGAGCCCGCCCGGGACCGGAACGUCCAUAUAAGAGCAGGCCGAGCCCGGCGGCCCCCCAGCCCCUCUCCACCAUGAGCCAGACCGAGCUUCCUUUGGCAGAGACCAAGCCCCACGGGGUCAGGCCCCACAUUUGCUGCGCGCCCCCUCCCUGCGCCCCGACCUCGCUGGGCAGCAGCCCCCUCCUGGCCCGAGCCGAGCCCCGACGGGAGGGACCGCGGCCGAGCCAGGCCGCAGACAGCGAGCCCUGCGCGGCGGAGCGGGGCGCAGACAGCCCCCGGGAGCCCAACGACCCCUGCCCGUCGGAGGCAGUCCCCGACGGCGGCUGGCUGAGCGCCGACGAGUCCUCGGGCUACGAGAGUGAGAGCGCGGGUGCGGAGCGCAGCAGCGGGGCGGCGGCACCGGGCGCGACCCGCGGACGGCAGCGGAGGGCGAGGACGGCCUUCACCGCGGAGCAGGUCUGCCGGCUGGAGAAGACCUUCCAGCGUCAGAAGUACCUGGGGGCCUCGGAGCGGAGAAAGCUGGCGGCUGCCCUGCAGCUCUCAGAGAUCCAGAUCAAGACCUGGUUUCAGAACCGGAGGAUGAAACUGAAGAGGCAAAUCCAGGACCAGCAGCACAGCCUUGUGACUCCUGCUCCACUCUACAGCUACCCACUGGGAACCCCACCAGCCCUCCUUCAUGAUGAGGGCUUUCCACUGUCUUUCCACUAUCCCUUUGCUUCACAGCACCAGAGACUCCUGCCCCUUACCCCGGUGCCGGCUGUGCAGUUCAGCUUAUCCUUUCCCAGAUACGAUGCAUUGCAAAGCACCUACCGCUUUAUAGCAAAUGAGCUGCCGUACUACCAUCAGCACUGGCUUCCUCCUCAUCCUUCUUUCCACCCAGUUAUUCAGAAUAAAAUGGACAAGAAAUGCCAUCCUGUAUAUGCAUUAUAGUGAGAAAAAAAUGGGGAAGGCAAAGGGGAAAAUUAAUGUAUGCUGUAAUUAUGUUCUGCUCAGAAUUUCUUGUCUAACUUGGAAUCAUAUGUUUAUUAUUUUCUAAGUUAAAUGUGAAGAGUAAUAAUUUUAUAUUUGUACUGAAUUGUAUUAAAAUUUAUUGGAUUUGGUCCCA